GGGCUAUUUGAUUGCAGCACCUUCUGUUUUCCGCUCUGGUGUUGAGGAAGCUAUAAGUGUAACUAUCUUUAACUCUGUCAAGGAGACAACAGUCCAGAUUCAGUUAGUAGUCAAAGGAGAAACUGUGUCGCGAGGCCACGGAACAGUUCUGGAUAAAGGAACAAUUAAACUGAAGGUGCCUUCAGGACUCCGUGGACAGGCACAUCUGAAAGUCUGGGGCAACCGGCACCUAGCAGAGGAAGGCUACAUUUUUCACAAUUAUACCACAGUAACCAUCGAUAGCAAAGGCUCAUCAGUGUUCAUCCAGACUGAUAAACCUGUCUAUAAACCCAAGCAGAAAGUGUUGAUAAACCUCUUUUUGGUGAAUUCUGACUUGAGACCAGUCAAUGACAGGAUUGAAGCUUAUGUGGUGGAUCCUCGGGGGUCUCGUAUGAUAGAGUGGAGUAAUCUGAAGCCAUUUUGUUGUGGUAUUGUAAAUAUGACUUUUCCUCUGUCUGAUCAGCCAGUGUUUGGUGAAUGGCUCAUCUUUGCUGAAAUGCAGGGACACACAUACAACAAAUCCUUUGAAGUUCAGAAAUAUGUGUUACCAAAGUUUGAGUUGCUGAUUGACCCCCCUCGCUACAUUCGUGACCUUUCACUGUGUGAAAAAGGAACUGUCCAUGCCAGAUACACGUUUGGAAAACCGGUGACAGGAAAGUUAAUUAUCAACAUGACAAUAAAUGGAGUAGGGUACUACAGGCAUGAGGUGGGACACCCUGUCCUCAAGACCACCCAGAUUGAUGGCUCUGCUGUCUUUGACGUGUGUGUGAAAGACAUGAUGCCAGCUGAUGUUCCAGAGCAUUUCCGUGGCACAGUCAACAUCUGGGCCACAGUGAUCAGCUCUGAUGGGAGCAAGCAGGUUACAUUUGAUGACUCAACACCUGUCCAGAAACAGCUGAUUGAUAUCAAGUACUCCAAAGAUACUAGAAAACAGUUUAAACCUGGACUGCCUUACAAAGGAAAGGUAGAAGUCACUUACCCUGAUGGAAGUCCAGCUGACAGAGUCACUAUCCGAAUUAAAGCUGAACUCACACCAAAGGACAACGUUUAUACAAGUGAACUGGUAUCAAGAAAUGGCCUGGUGGAGUUUGAAAUCCCCUCCAUCCCUACAGCUGCCCAAUAUGUCUGGCUGGAGACCAAAGUGACAGCGAUUGAUGGAAAACCAUCUGGGGAUCAAUAUCUGCCAAACUACUUGUCCAUCAGUAGCUGGUACUCGCCCAGCAAGUGUCACAUCCAGCUCCAGGCACCAGAUAAACCUUUCCAGGUAGGAGAGGAGGCUUGGAUUGCAGUGAAGUCCACAUGUCCUUGCAAUUUCACUCUACAUUAUGAAGUGGCAUCGCGAGGCAAUAUUGUCCUUUCAGGACUGCAGCCCAGCAACAUCACCCAGCAGAGGAGCAAAAGAGCCACCUUUCCCUUUAAGAACAUUGAUGUCACACGCCUCCCAGGAACAGCACCUCCCAGUGUCCCUGCAGCAGAGGCUGAGGUCUGCAGGACGUUCCUCCGCUUCUUGGUAGUUCCCAGCAUGGCUCCCUUGGGCCGUCUCCUGGUGUAUUACGUCAGGGAGAAUGGAGAAGGAGUCGCAGACAGCCUCCAGUUCACAGUGAAGUCCUCCUUUGAAAAUCAGGUUGCGGUGGUGCUCUCAGCAAAUGAGACCAGACCUGGUGAUGUUGUGAACAUCAAGGUCAGAGCUGCAAAGUCAAGCUGUGUCUGCAUUGCCACUGUGGAUAAGAGUGUCUACUUGCUGAAGACAGGUUUUCAGCUGACAGCCAGUCAGGUUUUUCAAGAGCUUGCAGAGUAUGAUGUAUCUGAUGCUUUUGGAGCUCCAAAGGAAGAAGGGCACUUCUGGUGGCCAGGCAUGUCCUCCCGUAGACGCCGUAGAUCUUCUGUCUUUCCCUGGCACUGGGACAUCACCAAGGAUGCUCGCUUCGCGUUCACAGAAACUGGCUUGGUUGUAAUGACUGAUAUAGUCAGCUUAAACCACAGACAGAAUGGAGGCAUGUACACAGAUGAGGCUGUCCCAGCUUUUCAGCCACAUACGGGGACAUUGGUGGCUACAAUGCAUUCUAAAAUAGCACCAAGAGCAGAGAAGAGAAAAAGAACCUUCUUCCCUGAAACGUGGAUUUGGCACUGCCUCAAUGUCAGCAAUGUGUCUGGAGAAGCACAGCUGCACGUGGAAGUGCCAGACUCCAUCACUACCUGGAUCACAGAAGCUGUGGGGCUGUCUGAGGAGCAGGGGUUGGGCAUUGCCACUCAAACAGAACUGAAGACAUUUAAACCUUUCUUCAUCGAGUUCACAUUGCCGUACCAUGUCAUCCGGGGGGAGCAGACCAAAAUCCCACUGACUGUCUACAACUACUUAGCUGUCUGUGUAGAGGUCCACGUGAAGAUUUCUGUUCCAAAAGGCAUAAAGUUUGUUGGGCAUCCUGGGAAACACCAUCUGACAAGAAAGAAGUGCGUUGCCCCUGGGGAAGCUAAACCCACCUCUAUCGUUUUGUCCUUCAAUGAGCUUGGACUGAGCAACAUCACUGCAAAAGCUUUUGCUUAUGGUGGAACCAGUUGCUGUCAGGAUGGGAUGCAGACCUUAAAGAAUGGCAAGCACUCAGAGGACAAUUAUCUGGACAGAAGGACCCCAGUGGCAGUGGAUUAUGUUCGCAGCAGUGUUAUUAUUGAGCCAGAGGGACUGUCCAGAGAAUACACCUAUAGUGUGUUCUUCUGCCCAAAUGAGAAAAUACACAUUUCUACACCUAACAAAUAUGAGUACCAAUACAUGCAAAAACCUGCCCAGAUGACCCACUUUGACAUCUCUGUGAAAGCACACAAUGAUGCUCACCUGGCCUUGUCCUCUGGUCCUCAUGACAUGGCAGAGAUGACAGAGAUUGUUAUUGGUGGACAUCAAAAUACUAAAACAUGGAUUUCCAUAAGCAAAAUGGGUGAGCCGGUGGCCAGCAGGGACACAGCUGGUAUCCUCUCCUGGGAUGAAUUCCGCAGCUUCUGGAUCAGCUGGAAAAAUGGAAUUAUCCAGGUUGGCCAUGGUACUCGGGUGCUAAAUGAGUCUAUUAUUGUGGAGUGGACAGUCCCCAAACAGCUUGAGGUGAAGUACAUUGGCUUUUCCACAGGCUGGGGGUCAAUGGGAGAGUUUAAAAUUUGGAGAAAAGAAGAGACUGAUGAAAAUCACAAUGAAGCAUUUACUCUUGGAGUUCCCCACAACAUAAUUCCAGGAUCAGAAAGAGCUACGGCUUCAAUAAUAGGAGAUGUGAUGGGUCCUACACUGAACAACUUGGACAAUCUUUUGCGAUUACCAUUUGGAUGUGGGGAGCAGAACAUGAUCCAUUUUGCUCCUAAUGUUUUUGUCCUGAAAUACCUGCAGAAAACCAAACAACUCAGUCAUGAGGUGGAGAGCGAAGCUACUGAUUACCUUGUUCAAGGCUACCAGCGUCAGCUGACCUACAAGAGACAAGAUGGUUCAUACAGUGCUUUUGGCGAGAGGGAUUCCUCGGGGAGCAUGUGGCUCACAGCUUUUGUCCUCAAGUCCUUUGCACAGUCUCGUGGGUUUAUUUUCAUUGACCCAAAAGAACUAACAGCUGCCAAAGACUGGAUCAUCCAGCAUCAGAAAGAAGAUGGUUCUUUUCCUGCUAUGGGCAGGAUACUAAAUAAGGACAUUCAGGGUGGAAUCCAUGGUAAGAUCUCCCUGACAGCUUAUGUGGUUGCAUCUCUUCUGGAAACAGGUGUAACUUCUGAGGAAGAAAGAACAGCUGUUGACAAAGCAAAACACUUCUUAGAGUCCAACUUGUAUUCAGCAGAAGAUCCGUACACUACUGCCCUGACUGCAUAUGCCCUGACACUGCUACACAGUCCCUCUGCUGCUGCGAUGCUGCGGAAGAUGAACAGCAUGGCUAUUACACAAGAUGGCUUUACACACUGGAGCUUGACAGGAACUCUUGUUACUGAUGAAGAUACCUUCAUGGGAUUUAAUGAUGGGCUCUUGCAAUCAGUUGUUUCUGCAGAAGUAGAAAUGACAUCUUACGCCCUUUUGACGUACACGCUCCUAGGAGAUGUGGCUUCUGCACUCCCCGUAGUAAAAUGGCUUUCACAGCAAAGAAAUGCACUUGGAGGAUUCUCAUCUACUCAGGACACGUGUGUAGCCCUGCAGGCUCUGGCUGAAUAUGCUAUCCUUUCGUACGUUGGAGGAGUCAACCUCACCAUUUCCUUGGCUUCUACUAAUCUAGACUACCAGGAGACAUUUGAGCUUAACAAGAUGAAUAAAAAAGUCCUCCAGACUGCAGUGAUCCCCAGUAUUCCAACGGGGCUGUUUGUGAGUGCCAAAGGUGAAGGCUGCUGUCUGAUGCAGAUUGAUGUCACUUACAAUGUACCUGAUCCCACUGCCAAACCAGCUUUCCAGCUUCUGGUAAACCUGAAGGAGCCAAAGUCAGAGCAGCACCUUCAAGCUCCAAAUCCCCUGCGAUCUGUCUCUCCAGAUGAGAAUCGCCCUGAAGCCUUGCACAGAGAGAGGGCACUGGUGGAUGAUGAUGACCCAGCUUCAGAUCAAGACCAUCGGGAAUACAAAGUCAUACUGGAGACAUGCACUAGAUGGCUACACUCUGGAUCUUCUAACAUGGCUGUCUUGGAAGUGCCAUUGUUCUCAGGGUUUCGUGCAGACAUUGAGAGCUUAGAGCAGUUAUUGAUGAACAAGCAAAUUGGAUUAAAAAGAUAUGAAGUGGAUGGAAGAAAAGUCCUUUUUUAUUUUGAUGAGAUUCCUAGCCAGUGCAUGACCUGUGUAAAGUUUCAAGCUUUCAGAGAGCAUAUAGUUGGGAAAACAGCUCCUGUUCCUAUCAAAGUGUAUGAUUACUAUGAGCCAGCUUUUGAAGCAACUCGUUUCUACAACGUGAGUGAAAACAGUCCCUUGGCUCGGGAGCUCUGUGAUGGACCAACAUGCAAUGAGGUGGAAAGCUCAGCUAGCCAUUGGGUUGGCUUUGUUCACUCUGGGCCAUGCAAUAACAUUUUUGGCUGCUUGGAGGAUGAGUAUUUUGAGCAGUGCAUGUGUUCGCGAGACUGUGGCUAUGAUGGGGAGCCUGUGUGUGGAUCAGAUGGCCAGAUUUACCCCAACCAUUGCCAGAUGGAAGUAGCAUCCUGCAGGAAUAAUACAAGGAUAGAACAGAUGCCCAUGUCUCAAUGUUCUGCCUCAGAGGAAGGCCCUCCACCACAGACAGACCUGUCCUACUACUCCUAUGAGUAUGACCCAGACCCCUACGCAUCGGAAGCUGACGUUUUUGAGCUUGGGGCAGAACUGACAACAGCAAGCAUGGUAAAAGAAGUGGACAAGAUUCAGGAAGUAGUGACCACAGUAGAAUGGUGA